AUGUCUUCGUCCAACAAAUCCUUUUCACUUGCUCUCUUCUUCUGUCUCAACCUAAUUCUCUUCUCUUCUCUUGCUAUUGCUCAACCAAUUGUACCAGCAUCGAGCCCGACCCCCAAUUGCUCCCGCAAUGUACGUGUAUGUGCAAGUGUACUUAAUAUUGUUAAUCUAACCAUUGGCCAAAACCUAGGUCCAUGUUGUCAAUUGAUUCAAGGGCUAGCAGCUGCUGAGGUUGAUAUUUGUAUACAGACUGCCAUAAGUAAUGCACUUAGAGCAAGUCUUUCAGGCCUACCCCCUGUGAACCUAUCCGUUGAGUCGUUCGUGCUCCGUAUAUUGCUCAGCAGAUGCAACAGAGCUACCUGA